AUGGAUUCCUUGUUCAAAGUCUACAACAAUGAUGAUUUGAACAAUCCACACACACUGCAAACAAUUACUAAUCGAAACCAGGAGGGCGAGUUCAGCCUGAUCCAUAUACCACUUCCUCUAUAUUUUUUGCUGUUGCAACCGAUCUUGAGAGUGCUGUUGCCAUAUAAGGAAGCAGAUCCAUCAGAUGAGAAUGAAGAUGAAGAAAGUCUUGUAUUUGACGAAGAACAUGGCUUUCUCAAUAUCAGUAUAACUCCAAUUGAGUGCUCUGUUGUCUGCCAUAAAUCCUGGGCUGAGACUGUCUUUCAACCGAUUAUCGACACAUUACCCAAAGAUGACAACAACAAAGUUCAGAUAUCAACUGAUAGCUACAUUGUUUUUUCGGUUGAUAGUACUGGCACUGAUGCAGGUCAAAGAGUCAUGGAUCUCACCUUACCUCUUGCCAUGGCUGGAGUCCCCAUAUUUUUUAUCACAACCUACUACACAGAUUUCAUUCUCGUCCCAUUCAAAGAUCGCCAUACAGUUGGCCAGACUCUCUUAUCCCGCGGCUUUGAAUUCUCCGAAGAAGAAUCCGCCUACGUCGUCCCCACCCCCACGUCUCAUUCCCGCGGCCCCAGUUCAAAUUCCAAUCCACCUUCCACGCCCCCUCCCUCCAAUAUCGCCGAGCUCCAAGCCCGCACUUUCAAACAUCUCAAACGUCGCAAUGUAAAGCCUUUCGUACAACCGGGUUUACGACUGAUCCAAUGUUCGGGUCGGGAUCGCGUUUUCGAAGAACGACGACCAAAUUCCAACGGUAAUGGCAAUGGUACGCAUCCCCCUUCUCCUCUAGACAAGAUCAACACCCGUCUCUAUAUGUCCAUCAUCUCGGCUCUAAUCCACCAACCUACCUUCCUCUCCCUCACCAUCUCUCUUGAAGAAGGCUCCUCCCUCCUCCUCGAUAAAACACUCCUUCCUCUCUUCGGCUCCUCGAUCCAAGGCGAUACCGAUGGUGAUUUAGUGCCGAUCUUCCUCGAUCUAGUCGAUCUACCACUUGAGAGCACGGGAAUUGUGUGUGGAGUGGCGGGAAAAUUGGUGAAUGAGAUGAGAUUAAAUGACAAGCCAGAGGAAGAGGGUGGUAAUAUUUUUGGAAAGGAGUUGUCAUAUCUGAGUACGGCGAGAGCGGGGGCAGUGGUCUUGAGUGGGGUGGGAAGUGAGAGGGCUUUGGAGAUGUUGGGAGAAUUAUUGGAUCAGGAGGGCGAGAGCGAUUUGCUACUUUGA